AUGGCCGAUAUGUCCCAGGCUCCUCUGAACGGCAGCUACCCUGCGCAGCAUGCCUACCCCGACUCGUUCAACCACACCCAUGCCACUAUGAACACUGCGGCCAACUUCCAGCCGGCCCAGUCCUCCACUCCUACCACCAACACCCCAACCGAUCACAAGAGCGACAUCCCCAAGGAUGAGGUGGGCUGGUUCUUCGUCGAGCAGUACUACACCACUAUGAGCCGCAACCCGGACAAGCUGCACCUCUUCUACUCCCGCCGAUCCCAGUUGGUCUUCGGCACCGAGGCUGAGUCCGUUCCCGUUGCCAUUGGUACCAAGGCCAUCAACGACAAGAUUAAGCAGCUCGAUUUCCAGGAGUGCAAGGUUCGCGUCCUGAACGUUGACUCCCAGGCUUCCUUCGACAACAUCCUGGUCACCGUCAUCGGUGAGAUCUCCAACAAGUCCGAGCCCUCUCGCAAGUUCAUCCAGACUUUCGUCCUGGCUCAGCAGCCUAACGGCUACUACGUCCUUAAUGAUAUCUUUCGCUACCUCGUCGAGGAGGAAGAUGAGAUUUUGGAGGAGGCCGAGGCCACUCCGGCUGUUGAGGCUCCCAAGGCUGCUGAGCCCACCCCUGUCGUCGAGGAGGCUCCGGUGACCGAUGAAGCUGCGGCCACCAAGGUUGAUGAGAAGCUUGAGGAGGAGACCAAUGGCGAGGCUGAGAAGCCCGCCGAGGUUGUCCCCGAGAUCAACGGCACCGUCCCAGAGGAGGUUUCUGUUCCCGCCGUUCAGGAGCCCGUGGAGGAGGAGCCCUUGGCUCCUGAGCCCACUCCUGCCCCUGUUGCUGAGAAGGAGGCUCCUGUCGAGAAGAAGGAGCCCGUUGCCGCCACCCCUGCUGUUCCCAAGUCGUGGGCCUCCAUUGCCAAGGCUAACGCUGCUGCCGCCGCCGCUUCCGCUGCUGCCGCUCCUAAGGCUGCUGCUGCCGCUGCUCCUGCUGCUGCCGCUCCUAAGGCUGCUGCUCCUGCGGCCAGCGCCCCUCAGCCCGCUUCUGCGGCUGCCCCCGCCGCUGAGGCCCGUCCCCAAGAGGCUGCCCCUACCGAUGGCUCUGGCUGGCAGACUGCCGGCUCUGACCACAAGAAGACCCAGUCCCGUGCUGGGGAGCAGCAAACCACUCUUGGUUACAUUAAGAAUGUCACCGAUAAGGUCGACGCCAAUGCUCUUAAGCAGACCCUGUCUCGCUUUGGAAAGCUGAACUACUUCGACGUCAGUCGCCAGAAGAACUGCGCUUUCGUUGAAUUCGCUGAGCCCUCUGGCUACGCUGCUGCCGUUGCCGCCAACCCCCACCAGGUCGGUAACGAGCAGAUCCUCCUCGAGGAACGCCGCCCUCGUGGCAAUGCCUAUGGCAGCAACGGUGCCAACCGUGGUCCUGCUGGUCGUGGCCGUGGUGACCGUACUGGCAACCAAGGCCGUGGAGGUUUCCAGCGCGAGGGCCGCGGGGGCUUUGCCCCCCGUGGUCGUGGAGCUAAUGGUAAUGUAGCUGCCAAGGGCCGUAGCCAGGCCCAGACUGCUUAA